GGUUAAGAAUGGCUUCACCAAUAAAAUCCAUUGAUAAUUUCCUAAUCUCCUCAACUCCACAUCACUUACAGAUCGAAAGUAAAAACAAUGUAAAACGGAAAGAUAAGAAAGCUAAUUUGGAUAUUGAAAUGAACACUGAUGGUGUGGAGACACCUCAGGAUAAAUGUAUAUUUCAGAUUAAAACGAAAUCUCGAAACAGCAAUAACAGCAUGGUCUAUCUAGAAGAUGCUUUACGUUUGGGCUGGACAUCUCAACGUGCGAGUUACUUAUUUGAUCUCUUAACAAGGCCUCCGCUUCUUUUUUCUCCCAGCAUGGGAAUCAGUCUUUCAUUCGAAAAAGGUUCGCAGAAUAAUUAUCAAAUUCUACCCGCUAACAAACGAAAUCGUCCGAUUGAUCCUGAUCCGUGUUUGUUAUCGAUCGACGGUCUUCUAGACUGUUUAUUCGUAACGAAUUCUUUGGUUGAUCAAAUCUAUCAUGACUGUAUGGAUAAUCCAGAAAAUCGGGGGACUGAUGAAUACGAACACUCUCCUACCGUUUUGGCUGCGAAAUUCUUCCGAAGACGAGUGAAGCCAAUCAUUACUCGAUUAUCAGAAUUCCGUCUCAAAUUGUCGGAUUUCAAGCUGGGCGCAUGUGUUGGUAGAGGGGCUUGUGGAAUAGUACGUGUAGUACGUGAGGUAUCGCCACCUCAUUCAGUGUAUGCAAUGAAAUCUCAGUUUAAAGGAGCGUGGUUGCAUCAUGAUCCGGAGGGCUCUCAGAUUCUGCUUGAAAGGACCGUGUUAGCGCAAGCAACUGCCAUUGAAAAUCCAUGGCUUCCACACCUGCAUUAUGCAUUUCAGGAUGAAAAGCACUUGCAUCUUGUGAUGGAUUAUGAACCCGGUGGCGAUUUGUAUAUAUUCUUAAGCAAAGUUGGUCAUUUGUUAGAUUCAAAAAUGAUACAGUUUUAUUGUGCUGAAGCUGUGGAAGCCGUUCAUUCAUUGCACCAAAUGGGCUAUAUUCAUUGUGACCUAAAGCCUGAAAAUUUCGCAAUUGAAAGGAGUGGACACCUGAAGCUGAUUGAUUUCGGUUCGGCUAUCAGGCUUGAUGCUGAUGGAAAAUGUGUCUGUCCUACAAUGGUUGGGACAAAAGAAUAUCUGAACAUUGAACUUUUACGACAACGUGGACGUCAUAAUCAGGAACCAUUACUUGUCGGCCCUGAAUUCGAUUAUUGGGCGAUUGGUGUCUUAUUAUAUGAAUUAUUUUAUGGACAAACGCCCUUCUACGAUGAAGAUGAUGAUGCAAUGAUGCAGAAAAUUAUGGAUUAUCGGAAAACACUAAAGUUCCCUGCAACCGCUGAAAUAACAGACUGUGCUAUUCAUUUAAUUAAAUCACUAAUUAUUAGUCCAUCGAAACGGUUAAGUUAUGAAGAUGUUGUUAUGCAUCCAUUUUUCAAAGAUAUUGAUUUCUCUGCAUUGAGACAAGUCACUCCUCCAUACUUGCCCCCAGUUGGUGAGUUAGACGAUGUUUCAAAUUUUUCCGGCGGUGGUUCUCGUGCUCGUGAUGAGGCUAUAUUGGAUGUCUCUAGGAAUCAGACUUUCUCCCCAAUACGUUAUACAAAGUCAUCUGUUCAAGACGGAUAUGUCACUCAGUGUGCUACUAUAAACAAUGAAGAAAACGAAGAAGAUGAAACUGUGCUGGUAAAGCCUUUAGAUACUGAAAUUUUGAAUGACGAAAAUCAGGAGAAUAUUAAUCCACAUAAAUCACCGUUAUCCCCCGAAGUAUUAAAAAGAAAAGCAAUUCAAGAAGCUGCUGCUGUACCAAUAAAUGAAGAAAUUGAAGAAAUAGAAGAUAUAGAAUGGGAAGGUUCUGAGUGUGUCCGGGACUUACCAUUCUUGGGAUAUACGUAUACACCUGGAUUGGUAUUAUUCGGAAACCUUUCCAAGAAACAGGUUCAUUCGACCGCCGUUGCUCAUGUUGGAACAUCAGUAAUAGCUAAUAUCAGCACACCUUGCAGACGAACAUUUAUUGAAAACCAAGAUUCAUUAUCUACAUCACUUAGACAUAGCAUUGGUUGUUCUGAAGUUGGGCGACUUAAGGAUGCCAAAAAAACGAGUGAUCCUGAAAUUGUCAGUUUAUCUGAACUUCAGCAACGUAAUCGACAGUUAUGUGAACAAAUUGAACAGCUACAACUACAGAAUAAAGAGUCUGAGGAUUUACGUCAACGAUUAUUAAGUGCAUUCGACAAUGGUCAUGUCCUAAAAGAAAUUAAUGAAGCUGUACGUGUUCUUUCUGAUACAGUCGUUGAGAAAGAAAAGUCUACUGUUGGUCAUUUGAAUUCUAGAAUACAACACCUUCAGGAAGAAAAUGUUCGUUUGACUGCUUCAGUACAAAGUUGUCAACAGGCACAAGCUAUAGUGGAUCAAUUGCAACACGCUGUGUCUCGUCUUUCAAAUUUGCCAAGUAAUUUUACAGAAGCGGAUUUACUUGAUCUGCUAACUGCAUUAUGUCCACCUACAGUUUACACAGCACCAGAAAUGCUCGCUGAUGUUUCACUGUCAACUAUACGUACAUCUAAUUCAUCAGAUAAUCUUAUUGGCUAUGAAUUAGUUCAUCGUCUUAUCAAUUUCGCUCUCAAACAAUUUAAACAUGCUUCUAAUCGUGCAAGACAAUCAUGUUAUUCAUUAGAAUCGACUAAUGCUGAGCUGAAAAAAGCUUUAGAUGAAUCAAAGCAACAAGUUAAUCAAUUGGUGGAAACUAUUGAUGGAUUAGUUGCAGAUCAACGUCGUUAUCGUGAUACUGAGAGCAAUCUUAAUUGGGAAAUUAAAGAAUUGAAACAAAAGCUUGAAGAUUCCAAGAAUUAUCAACGUGAUUUACACCAGAAGUUUUUGCAAUUUGAAGACAAAUACUUCUCAGCACGAGAGAGGUUAAAAGAAGAAGAAAAGAAAAACAAAGAGAUUACAGAGAAACUUGACCAAGUGACACUUAACUCAGUGCCAAAUCAACAGGAUAAUUCAUCCGAAGUGCAAACACAAUCUAGUUGUCAACUUAGUUUAUUGGUUGAACGUAAUGAGGAAUUGGAACGAGAACUUGCAGCUUUAAGAAAUGCCUUGCAAGAAGCGACACAACAAAAUGGGUCCGAAUUAAGUGAAUUGAGAAAGCAGUUGGAUAAUGUAAGAACAGAGAAAGAGCAUUUAUUUAAUGAUACGCAAUCUGAACGUCGUCAACUAGAAGAACGAGCAGAUAAAGCGGAAACGCAAUUAAAAAGCUUACGAGAUCAAAUUGCAGUUAUGCUUACUGAGCGUGGUCGUUUAGUUUCACUUUCAGCAAUCGACUCUCAGCGCUUAUCAGAUAUGCAACUACAAUUAAAUGACGCAAUAAUAAAAAAAGAAUCUGCUGAAAUUUCUCUUCGUGAAGCAACACUUCGACUGGAAAGAUUAAAUACGACACAUAAUCAAACGCUUGUUCUUGAUCAAAUGAGAAAUGAAUUUGAAUCAACAAGGUCUCAGUUGAGAACUGCUCAAACUGAACUUAUUCAGUAUAAGCAAAAUGAGGAAUUGUUACGCGAACGCGUAGCUAACUAUGAGCGUGAGAUUUCUGACCUGAAGCAAGAAGUGACACUUCUGCGAACACGACAUGAUCAAUUACAGGCUUCUAUUGCUCUAGGUCAUACGGCUGAAAAUUCAUCUGAAGUGCAUAAUCAAUUAGUUACUCUCACUGAUGAGAAACAAACACUCCAAGACGAGAUAAAGCAACUGCGGACUCAAGUUGAACGACUUCGUCUCAAUAAUACACAACUUCUCAGUCAACGUGAUACUGCUCGUCAAGACGCUCGAGAGUCAGAAAUGGCAAUAGUGCGAGCUAAAGAACUAGGCGAAGCGACGCAACAAGCACUUGAGCGUGAGGUUCACCGUCUUUCUACUAUUACAGAACAACAAGGGAAGUUGAUCAAUCACAUGCGUGGUCUUCUACCCCCGGAAUUCAAUAACACACAUCGUAAUUGCUCUGCCGAUGGUAGUUCAGAUUAUCAAAAUCCUGAAGGCGGUAAACGACGGGCUAGUAAAUUUAUAAGUUCUAAAAGUCGUCGACCAGGUGCUCCUUUGAUUUCAGCGGCAUCUGCUUUUUUCAAUAAACACCGUAAACGUGAAUUAAAGACUGAAUCUAAUCCUGAGAAUGUUGAAUAUUCAUCAUCUAAUGAGUUUACAAGACAACCCAGUCGUAUACAAAAGAUGAUGAGCAAAACACGUCUUAACUUCAAAAAGCAUUCUACUAUGCCCGUUAAAGUAGAUUAUUCUGUAAAUGCACCUUAUUAUACAACAUCUGCAACUGAUGAGUGUUACAUGGAAGAUUAUGAUCCGCUAGGAUAUGAUAUAUAUUCUGCUGAUGAUGCUGAUUUUGAUGAUGGACUUCCGUUUCCCGUUCCUUCAACCUUUGCUGUUCCACAUGGUCGACCACCUAGAGCAAGUGAUAAUGUGUCAAAUACUGGUAGUACAUCUUCCGCUCCAAGUACAGCCAGUUCUGCUCCAGCUGGUCCAGUAAAAUUUGUCCGUGAUCAUUCAUGGCACAGAAAUCGAUCAAAGAUUCAUGUAGGUUGGGCAGAUGGUAAUGAUAAACCGGAAUUAAGUAAAGUGCCAUCAGUUUUGAAGCAUCGUGGUCAACCGAAAAUACUGAAACAAUUGAGUAAAGUUCUAGGUCGUGGCAAACAAUCUUCUACGCACCUUGAUCCUAAUCGACUUGAUGAUUGACUGUUUCCUCACUAACAGUGUUUUUAUGUUUGUGUUUAUUUGUACCCAAUAUUUGUACUCCACAUUAAUCGGUUAAACUUUUAAUAUCAUAUCUCUUGGUCAUAUUAUCCAUGCAUACAUAUAUGCACUAAUCUAUACACGGCAACUUUAUUUAUGCGCGGAUUUAUCUUUUGUUUUCCGUGGUUUAUUAUUUUAAUCAGAUAUGAGAGUGAUUUUUUCAAUAUAAAUAUAUGUAUAUAUAUGCAUACAUAUACAGUUUGUUUGUAACUGAUCCUGUAACCGUAUUGUUUUUAUUAGUAUAUAAUUUCUUUUAAUG